AGACAGCUGUCAAACACAUGAGUUACUAGUCAGUUAGCUGUUACUGUCUCUAACGCUAACCGUUACAAGUUUCUAUGUAGCAUAUUAUUAGGUAUAGCAAAUUAUUAUUGUAUUAUCAAUAUCUUGGUUCUUUUGACUCAUUGGUUGCCCAUAAGGUGACGCAGGCUUCAAAUGAAUCAGAUUAGCAAACUAGCAAGUGCUAGCUACAGUAGCUGAGUCGCUAACUAACCGGUUAGCUGAGCAAGGGAUAUUUAUUGUGCGCCGCAGAUUCUGAUUCGUCAAUACGAGGCAGCUAGCAGCUGUCAGAUAGCCUACGCCAGAGGAACCUCGGCACUCAUCGAUAUCAGGAUGUCAAAGAGAACGAACGCAGUCGCCUAGAACCAGGGACAUGGACAUUUUCACUAAAUGCAUGCAUCUUCAUAUUUUCGAAUGGAGCUGACUGUGCUUGAAUACUAAAACGCUGUUACGAAUAGUCGGAUAUGCGGAAUAAUAAGCCUUCUUAGCACAGCACGUUCACUGAACACAGGACCAGACUAUUCCAUUUCAAGAUGACAGUAGAGGGGACCACGAUAAAAAGCCGGAUUAAAAAUUUGCUGCGCUCGCCAUCUAUUAAACUGAGACGGAACAAGCCUACUAACAACAAAGAAAACCUCAGUAAUAAGGUGACCCUGGAGAAGGUGUUGGGAAUUACAGCACCAGGCAACCGUGCUCUGUCAUGUGACCCUCGCUCUGGCCUUAUAGCCUACCCUGCAGGAUGUGUGGUGGUCCUGCUGAACCCCAAGAAAAACAAGCAGCACCACAUCCUCAACAGCUCCAGGAAGACCAUCACCACGGUAUCCUUCUCUCCAGAUGGCAAAUACGUGGUUACUGGAGAGAGUGGGCACAUGCCAGCGGUGCGUGUGUGGGACGUGGCAGAGCGGACCCAGGUGGCCGAGCUGCAGGAACACAAGUAUGGGAUCUCCUGCGUUGCCUUCUCCCCCAACAGCAAGUACAUCAUCAGCGUGGGCUACCAGCAUGACAUGAUCGUCAAUGUCUGGGCCUGGAAGAAAAACGUGGUGGUAGCAGCCAAUAAGGUGUCCAGCAAGGUGACCGCUGUGUCCUUCUCAGAUGACUCCUCCUACUUUGUUACGGCAGGAAACAGACAUGUCAAGUUCUGGUACCUUGACCACACCAAGUCCUCCAAGGUGAACGCUACUGUCCCUCUUCUGGGGCGCUCAGGGUUGCUAGGGGAGCUGAGGAACAACUUCUUCAGUGACGUGGCGUGUGGGCGGGGCCGCAAGGCGGACAGCACCUUCUGCAUCACCUCCUCAGGGCUGCUGUGUGAGUUCAACGAGAAACGGCUGCUGGACAAAUGGGUGGAGCUACGGACCAGCCAGGCCACCUCUCUGUCUGUAACAGAGGAUUUGAUCUUCUGUGGCUGUGCAGAUGGGACAGUGCGAGCCUUCAGCCCCAUCAACCUCCACUUCAUCUGCACCCUGCCGCGACCACACUGCCUGGGCUCUGACAUCGCCAGCCUGGUGGAGGCCAGCCACCUCUUCUCCCACAAGACCGACGCCCGCUUUCCUGACACGGUGGCGGUGACCUACGACCCCAGCAACCGCUGGCUCUCCUGCGUCUACAACGACCACAGUCUGUACGUGUGGGAUGUCCGCGACCUGCGCAAAGUGGGCAAGGUCUACUCCGCCCUGUACCACUCCGCCUGCGUCUGGAGCACCGAGGUGUACCCUGAGGAGCGAGGGGUGGACAAGCCCUGCCUGCCUCCUGGCUCCUUCCUCAGCUGCUCGUCAGACAACACCAUCCGCCUGUGGAACACCGACGCACACAGCACCACGCUCAGCCGCAACGUCAUCAGCAACGACUUGCAGAAGAUCAUCUACAUGGACAACAACACGUCAGGCCUGCUGGACACGGAGUGUGUGGGCACGGCCAACACAGAGAAAACCCCGGACACCCACACCUCAGACACACGCACCGGCAUCAGGACCAUGGCUCUCAGCCCAGACGGACAGCACCUGGCCUCGGGAGACCGCAAUGGCACGCUCAGGAUCCACGAGUUGGAGAGCAUGGAAGAGAUCCUGAACGUCCAGGCCCACGACUCUGAGAUCCUCUGUCUAGAAUACUCCAAACCUGAAACUGACAUGAAGCUACUAGCCACGGCCAGUCGAGAUCGUCUGAUCCACGUGUUGGAUGCCGAGCAGGACUACAGUCUGCUGCAGACACUGGACGAACACUCCUCCUCCAUCACCGCUGUACGCUUCGCUGCCAACGAGGGCAAGGUGAGGAUGAUCAGCUGUGGAGCGGACAAGAGCAUCUACUUCCGCACGGCCCAGAAGACAAAUGAGGGAAUGGAGUUCACCCGCACGCACCACACCGUACGCAAGACCACCCUGUACGACAUGGACAUCGACCCCACCAGGAAGUAUGCUGCUAUUGGCUGCCAGGACCGCAGUAUCAGGAUCUUCAACAUCAGUAAUGGCAAGCAGAAGAAGCUGUACAAGGGCUCCCAGGGGGAAGAUGGCACCCUCAUUAAGGUCCAGACAGACCCCUCAGGACUAUACGUGGCCACCAGCUGCUCAGACAAGAACAUCAGCAUCUUUGACUUCUACUCUGGAGAGUGUGUGGCUACCAUGUUUGGACACUCGGAGGUCGUAACAGGCAUGAAGUUCACCAACGACUGCAAACAUCUCAUCACCGUGUCUGGAGACAGCUGCAUCUUCGUGUGGCGUCUGAACCCCGAGCUGACCAUCAGCAUGAGGCAGCGGCUGUCUGACCUCAAACAGAACAGCAAGCCGCCACAGAAGACCCCUCCUCAGAAACCGGGCUCUCUCAGCACCAGGAGGGACAUCCACAGUGCUCCACCCAUAGUUACCAUGUCAUCUGACAGCGACAAAGAGUUGGAGGAAGAAGAGGGGAUAGAAGAGGAGGAUGAGGAAGACCUCAUCUCUCCUUAUACGGUCUCUGGCUCCAGCCCAGGGGAGGAGACUGACACCUCGGAUGAGAAGUGCAACUCUCGCAACUCCCACAGCAGAGACGUCAAAAAGGAGGGCUCGGCUGGGCGGCGUCCCCAAACAGACAGUUCUGGCACCGGCCCGCGUCCUCGGCGCCGCUGGUCCCGGAGGAUGAGCAGCAUGGACCUGAUGGUCAAGUCCAUGUUGGACCUGAGACAGCUGGAGUCCUUCUCCCUGCAGGAGCCCUCCUCCUCCACCACCACGCCCUCCCUCCACCCCAGGAGAAGCCAGCCCGCGGUGCCCAGCAGGGAGCCCCUAGGCCUGGGCAGCACCACCAGCCUGCACAUCCCCCCCACCGCCUGGGGUGAGGAGAGGGACGGGAGGUGGCAGAAGAGGCCAGACUUCAUCCUGCUGUCCCCCCGGAGCCCAGAGAUAGACCAAGAGGGCCCUGUGCUGUACCCUGACGGCUGUGAGGACACAGUCAGCCUGGCUGGCAGUGAGUACCAGGUGAAGGAGCUGGCCCGUGUCCCGCUGGGUCGGAGUGAGAAGGAGGGGCAGGACAAACACAGCCCUGACAGCGCCUGCUCGGUGGACGAUAGCAGCAGCCGGCUGUCCAGCCCUGACCGGCCUCCAGGAGAGGACUCUGAGCCUACUGAGCCCCUCAGUGUGGAUGGUAACUCCUCAGAGCUGGACAUGGAGGAGCUGGAGGGGGAGGAGACCACGGUCACCCCAGUCCCCCAGACCCCUGACCAGGAGGCUUUCCUCAAACAGCACUUUGGCACCCUGGCAGACCUGGAAACUAUAGGAAGCCCGAGCAGAGCUCAUCAGAACUGCACAGACAGUGUCAGCAUCUCAUCCAAGUUUCUGUCCCAAGGCUCCCACAGUAGCUCCACUGGAAGAUCGAUGUUUCCAUUCCUGCCUAAAAGCAUUUCCACUGGGGAUGUGAAGCUGGCCAGCGGGGUGGUCCGGCCCCUGGUGUCUGAAGUACGACCCCUCAUGGAACAGAACCAGGACCAGACCAAACAUCCAGUGUGUGUGUCUGAUCAGGGCCAUAGUGUGGCCCAUGAGGGCAACCUCAAGGUCAGGAUCCAGACUGAGAUCCAGCCCCAGAAGAAGGGCCCGGAGGACAGGUGCCCCCCUGAGAAGGUGCCCCCCCAGGCUCUGCGAUGCUCUCCCCUGAAGAAGAAGAGCCCAGCGGUGGACCCUCGCAGGAACGCCAGCCCCGUAGCCAAGGCUGCAGCCUCCCACCUUGCCUCGUCUGGCCUCCGUAAGGCCCAGUCGGUCCACAACCUGCACACAGAGGAUCAGUCCCUGUCUAUGGGCCGACCUUCCAAGGAGGUGGCCCCCCAGCCCCAGCCGUUGGCCAUAGAGCGCCCUUCCACCUUGCCCAACACCCCCCGACGCACCCUCCCCAUCGUACCCCUCCACAGCCCCAGCUCCAGCUCCCAGCAGCCCCCCCGGGACAGCGUGGGCAGCAGUGCCGCGGCGGCCACGGCCACCACACCGACCCGGGUCGGGGGCAACCUCAGAUCCCGCUCCUACAUGAGCCCCACCACCAGCUCCAUGGCCAAGAUGUCCCGCUCGGUUUCCAUGGGAGACAGCCUCGACGUUCCGGAAGCCUGCGAGGAUUCCGGCGUCUCCUCUGAGUUCCGCAGGAGCUCGGCCUCCUCCACCUGCUCUCAGGCCAAACCGCCUCCGGCCGCUUCCGCCACCCCUCCUCCUCCUGUAGCCUUGGUAACAUCCACCACGGUGACCGCCGCCCCCUCAAGCUCGACCACGCCCCAGGCAGCCGUCGUCCCCACCCUCAUCACCAGCGUCCCAGCUAACCCCGCCCCAUCCAAGAGCCUGCAGGUCAAGCUCACCGGCAGCACGCGACCUCAGCUCAGCCUGGACGUCACCAAACCCCUCCCAGACAAGCCCUCGCUCGCCUCCUUCUCCCCCAACAGCAAGAACCCCUCCAGAGCCCCCCCAGCCAGCCACACGGCCGCCCCAGCUCCACUCUCCACUAACGUGCAACUGGUCGCUGCUAUGCCCACCUCUACCAGCACUGUAGAGGGCCCAGCUCAGAGCUCCACAACAGAGCAGGGCUAUGGUCCCACGGUAGAGCUGCCCCUCCAGGCCCUUGCAGGCAGCCAACUGGAGCCCCUGAGACAGGGAGAAGUGAUCCAGAUGGAGAACCCAGUGGUGGAGAGCAUGCUACCAGCUGUGGCCCAGAACGCAGAUGUGUCUUUAAGUGUGGAGUCAUGCAAAGCAAUGGCCAGUGAGCUUCAGAGCACCUUCAAGAAAGUCUCCAGCCUCUACAGAAUGGUGAACAGUGUGUCUGCAGAGUCCAAUCAGGAGCAAGGUGAAAUGGCCAGGGUCCUCUCAGAGGCCUUUGAUGCUGUGAGGGCGGAAUUAAACUCUCUGCCAGAGGGCCGGAACAGUGCCAGGGUUCCAGAGUCCCCGCUGCCCCUGUGCAUGCUGGGUAGCCAAGCAGAACCAGGGGUAGGGGAGGAGAGGACUCUGGCUCUGCUGGAACAGUACUCUCAACUCCUGCUACAGGCUGUGGAGAAAAGGCUGGACAACAAACUCACCUAGAACUCCUCUUCCUCCUUCAUUUCCUUCUCUUCCUCAAGACUGUACCAACCUUCUAGGCAAAUGAAUAAUUUUAAGCCAUUUUUGUGAAUGAUGCUCUGCCCAAAUACAAUGGGCGUCCUUGUUUUAAUACAGUCCCCCCCAAACUCUGUUUAAACAAACAUAAAAAAAUGUCUACGUGUUACGAAGGACUUCAAGUCUUCUUAGGUGUGUUUUUGGGGGGUGAACAGAAGUUCUGUACCUGCUGGACUCUGGACCCUGUUAGCCCCAUGUGUUUCAGUGUAAAAGUGAGGGAGAGAGAAGCAGUGAGGAUCUCCCCCCCCCCCUCCCCCUCCCCCACACAUGUAACACGAACAGCACAGAUCAAGAUCCUCUCAGGACCAAACCUCAGCAGCUUGAAACACACACAUACUUCUUCCUCCUCCUCCCUACCUCCCUGCAGUAGUGGUCUCCCAGGGACUCAACUACGAUGAUGUCACUGUUACACCUGUGGUGCUUGGGGAGGGGGGGUUGCUAGGCAUUCCUUUGUUACAUUACUGUCUCCAUCACUCUGCGUCUACAAGGAGGACUUCCUGGAUUAGGGCCUGGAGGUCUGGAUGAUGCUUGGACAAUCAGAGGGUGUGGGGUGUGGCUGGAAGCCCAGCAGUGCUGUGGAACUGUCCAUGACAAGUCUGCAUCAUACAAGGACGAGUGAGUACUGGGUGUCAUGGAGAGAAAGCUAACUCACUGGCCUGGGUCUGGAGUAUGAACGACCACGGGACAAUCCUAACUCGUCUUAAACACAUUGUUAGACAUGAAUCAUGUUUUUUUACUGAGUGAUUUUAUACUGUAAAUUUUGAGUGAGUGGAACUGAGGGAUGGUAGGUUUGUGUGUAUUUAUUUAUUCAGUUGUAAAAGCGCCAUUGUGUUAUGAAGAUUUUCCAUGUUCAUUUGUAGGUUGUAGUUUUUGGAUUAACUUUUGACUGUGUGGAAGGCUCUUUUUACAGAAAAUGGGAAGCAUAGUAAUACCAGCCUAGUGUAGGCGCUGCCUACACCUAAUAGGUUGCAAAACAUGAUUCCAGACUCCAGAUUCCAGAGACGAAGCCAAUAAUACUUCUUAACACCCAGCUAAUCUCCCAGUUGUAAAGGAGAUUUGGUGCCUUUAUUUCAGGUCAGCAUUUUUUGUUUUCAAGGUUGACUCCUUAUCCAAGAUAUUGUAUGUGGGGCAAUCAAAAGAUUUAUUUUGUGUUGCCAAUGACCACUGAAACAUAGUUGAUGGCAGAAGAGUAAUGUUGAAUCGCUGGAUGAUUAGCUGAUGUGUUUCUCUCUGGGCACGACCCCUAUUCCUUGUUUUCUUAUUUACCAUAUAAAACCCUUUUAAUUCCUGAUAACUGUACACCCAAGAAAAUACCUUCACCAUAAAACACGAUUCAUGUACAGCAAGUUGGUGCCACACUGCCCUCUGCUGGUUACACUCAAGUGUUUUCACUCAGAACAAUUACAGUAUACAUAAAGCAUGAGCCCCACGAUUACCAAGAUGCCCUUGUUCAAUUACUUGAUAUUUUAAUUAACCUCCGGAAUUGCUUUAAGGCUAAGACACAGAUAUGCAGUAGGUAGGCCUUGUAUUAUAUACAUAAGACUGGAAACACUAAAAAGACGGAGGACUGUAUCUUUUUGGACAGUAGAACUAGAUCAGAACUGCCGCUACCUUUUAGAUGUACGUUUUUACUGCUAGCAUGAAUAUAUUUGCAUGUAGGGUGUCAGGAGUAUGUACGUAUGUAUGUGGGGUGGGUAUGUAUGUAUGUACGUAGGGUGUGUAUACACUAUGUAUGUAUGUGUCAGGGGUAUUUAUGUAUGUAUAAGGUGUCAAACGUAUGUAUGUAGGGUGUCAGAGGUUUGUAUGUACGGAAGGAGACAAGCUUGUUACUUACUAAGAUGCAUGGUUCUCUAGACUGUAGAGAUUCUGAUGACUGGGUUUCCUCUUGGUCCACUGGGAUCUCCUUAACUCCUGGCUGUGUUCCAGCUCAGAACCAGCACCUGCCUGCAAUGAAAACCCCUCAAGUUCCCCUUUUCUCACAAAGUAAAAAACAAAACAAAAAAGUGCUACAAAACCAUUAGCAUUCCUUAUUAAGAAAUUCUGGACCUAUACAUAUGCAAAUAUCACAGGUCUCGCACCUUGCCCCACCACUGCUCUUUGAGCUUUCUUGACAGGUGAAAGUAAAUCAGUUCAAACCAUUUCAGCAGCAUAGUAGGAAUGUUUGGACGAUGUCUGGAAGCUCCAGGGUCUCUCUCUCAUCCAAGAACUCCACACAGUACCAUGUUCUUUGACGGCAUUUGCAUAUUAGACAGUGAUUGGUGCACAGACACCUCCCACUUUAGAAGAAUGUGAAAACGCUUCUAGUGGAAAAACUUUCUACAGAUACAUGUCAGUAUUGUCACGGUCAGACAUUUUAGGAGACACUAAUUUGAGCAUAACACAUUGCGUGUUUCUGUGAGGUGUUAUUGCUGCACUAGGGUACUUAAAUACAUAGUUGUACUUUAGAUAAUCUGCAGGGGCGUAGGCCAAUAUGACUACCCCAUUGGUUACAUGAUGCCAGAAUCAAACAGUUAAAUAAUUCAAUACUGUAUUGGAACGUGGUCUGAAACUGGGCUGGAACUUGGGUCAAACUGCUCGAACUGGAGAAUGGAGAUACAGAGGUAGCAUUAACUAACCUCAUCUUUUGUACAGUAUGACAAUAUGAUAAUGCAUCUGUCUUAGUUACAGAUAGACCAGAUGUUUUGUCUUUCUAUUCUAGGAAAUGACCCUUCUGAAAUGUGUGAAUCUGUUAUUUCUCUUGUUUUGCUCCAACCUCAGUUCAGUGUUUUUAACCUUGAUGUUUCUACUGUGUAUCCUCAAGUUCUCUACAGGAGAAUAAACAUUU